CUUCGUUAUGAAGCGCGUUCAUGUGGACAACUACGCCCCAAAGUACUUUAGCGGCAAGUGGUCAUGGGAUUCGGAGAAAGACUGCCUCCACUUCGAGGCGCACAACGAUCUGGAGAACGCUAGGGAGCGUUUCAUCACCACCAACGGCUACAAGUUCCUGCGCACCAUGGACCAGGAGGAAGAGCUCAUCUUUCGGCAGGAAUAUGUGCGAGCGAAAACCAACAACAGUGACACGGUGGUGGUCCGGGAUAUUAGAGAUUUGGUGCUCUACCUGAUGCCCCAAGAGUUUCUAACGUACAAGUUCGUUGAUUUUAUGCACCAGCCGGAGGUGCAUUCCUUGAUCCACGCCUUGAUAAUCUACUUCGAGUACUAUUUGCGGAUGGUCGAGUUUGUGCUGAUUCGUCGCGAUGAACUUUCUGGCCUGUUGGCCCAAGUCCAGAGCGCGCAGACCAAUGAGAUGAAGCAGACCUUCUCCGUCUACUUGAGCCAGUACCGAAUGCUCGUGGCCCGCAACUACUGCCGCAUCAUCGGGGGCGAGGGCAGUAUGUCAAAGUUCUAUCACAUGAAGCCGAUAUCCAACAUUUCAGCCACGAUCCACGACAAAUACUUCCACGAGCAUUUCUUGGCCGUAGUCAUCCAAAUAAUCUGGAUCUGCAUGCAUCGCAGGGCGUACUUUGUAAUCGAAAUGGAGAUGAAUCGUCUGUUCCGCUCAGAGCACUUCGUUUCUGCCCAUCCCCAGUAUCUCAGCUUUACGCCGGCGGAGCGCAGCCUUCUCUACGGCAGGAACAGCAAGAAUUAUAAUUAUCGAAUUCAGGAAUCGCCUCUGAUCCAGGAGCUGAAGCUGGUUCCGGAGGAGGAUCUACCCAUUCUGUGGAUAGGGGAGCGCAAGUACAGGGGCUCCGACAUCCGCAUUGCCGAGAUGGAGCUCGAGUAUAUAGUGCCUGGAUCACAGCUGUCUUUAAUUGAUGUAUCUCACGGCAUCCUGGGACACCCGAAGAAGCUUUACAACACGCUUCUAAACCUGGAUUGGCCGGCUGUGCGAUACUCCAACUUUUCUGAACAGUACGACCCAUACCACAUCAUCAGGCGACCUCACCUAGCUGUUCCUAAAAUGGAUGAACUCAAGAUGCGGCAGAUGUCGGAGAGCUAUGAACACUUUUACCAGAUUAUGAAAGUUUUUGAGCCCUUCACUCACCAGCAAGUUUGCAAGUGGGUCAAACGAGACAUCCACAUCCUGUUCUUCAAGUCGGGCGGCUUGCUCACGAAUGUAGUCUCUCGCUGCGAAAAAGAGCUGGCCAGCGAAUCUAAGGGACCGAGGGUUGAUCAGAUCAUCUCUAAUUAUUUUAAAAUUAUGUCCAAGAUACGCAAGGAUGAUAAAGAUGCAGAUAGAGACAGCAUUACAACAACGCGCGGUGGAAGUGUCGCAUCGCGCUACAGCUUUAAGGCGUCGAGAAAAACUUUAUAGUUUCAUACCACAGUUGCGAAAAUUUGUAUCCGUCCAAUUGUACCAUUUCCAUGACUAUCUGAGAAUAUAUUUAAGCAAUCAUAGGCAUGAGGCUUCUCAUACCUCGUUUAUAUCAGCA